AACCCAGGCAGCUGAGGACGCAUCGGGAAGAAAAUCAGUGGAGGAAAAUGAAAGCGCUCUGGUUUUUCAUUUGAAGAAGGGCAGCGUGUAUGGGGGAAAAAAAAGAAUGAGGCCAAACGCAGGCCGUCCGGCUGCUAUUUGAAUGCGACAGGGAGAGCACAUGUGAGCAGUGUUUGUUUGUGAGGCAGCAGCACGAUAAGGCACCAGACCAAUGGAGGGAGAGGAGAGGGCGAGGGCAGCCAUGGCGAGGCCGAGUCGUCUGACCGCCCUUCAGGAGCAGCUCAUCUGGGCCUUGCUGGAAUCCGGGCUGUCCCGGGACGUCCUAGUCCAAGCCGUGGGCGAGCUGGAGCGCAGCAGGGCCGGAGCCGGCGCCGAGAGGGGAGACAAGGGGGAUGGAGAGAGCUCCGAGGAAGGAGAAAUGGAUUUCCCUCCGCCUAUAUUCCGAGAGCUGGAGAAGCUUCCUCCGGAAAAGGCGUCCAAGCUGAGGGCCGAGGUCGACCGGUUGCUGCAGGAGGACUCCUGGCAGGUUGCAAAAAUGGUGAAAAGCUACAUGCAGCAGCACAACCUACCUCAGAGAGAGGUGGUAGAGUCCACAGGCCUCAACCAGUCCCAUCUCUCCCAGCACCUCAACAAAGGCACACCCAUGAAGAACCAAAAGAGAGCUGCUCUCUACAGCUGGUACGUCAAGAAGCAGUGCGAGAUCAGCCAGCAAUUUACAAACGCCAAACAUGGCCUGGCACCGGUGGAGGAACAAGGAGAAGACACCAAGAAAGGAAGGAGGAACAGGUUCAAGUGGGGCCCGGCAUCCCUACAGAUCCUCUUCAAUGCCUAUGAACGUCAGAAGAACCCCAGCAAGGAGGAAAGAGAGGGAUUGGUAGAGGAAUGCAACAGAGCCGAGUGCCUCCAGAGAGGGGUGUCCCCUUCCCAGCUUGCUGGUCUGGGUUCAAACCUAGUUACUGAAGUCAGGGUGUACAACUGGUUUGCCAACCGGCGUAAAGAGGAGGCUUUUCGUCACAAGUUGGCCCUUGACACAUCUUUCAACAGCCAGUCAGCUUCCUCCUCUAAUGCUGCCCUUCCAACAAGUCCUGAGCAUGGUGUAAAGUACAGCCAGCAAAUCUCCUGUGACACAGGGAGCACAGCAAGAAGCAGCAUAGGGGACCGUGUGGGACGUCUCGUGGUCAGCCCUGUGCAACUAGAACCCAGCCAUACACUCCUUGAGUCUCAUAACCCCAAGCUGGUGUCUGGCAGUGGACCACUGCCCCCAGUAAGCACUCUGACAUCCCUGCACAGUCUUUCUGCAUCUCCAGCCUCCUCACAGAGCCUCAUCAUGGCCUCUGUGCCCAGCGUCAUGAGUCUGGGCGAGUCCUCGCUUCUAAUAGGUUUGGCCCCUACGCAGUCGCAGACUGUCCCUGUCAUUAACAACAUGGGGGCUGGUUUCACCACUCUCCAGCCAAUUUCUUUCCAGCAGCAGCUUCACACACCCCACCAGCAGGCAAUACAACAGCAGCUUCAGGGUCACAUGGCUGCCAGUCCGUUCAUGGCAACCAUGACACAGCUGCCAUGUCACAUGUACAACAAGUCAGAGUCACCUCAGUACCAUUCAUCCAGCCUGCUGUCUCAAGCCAUGGUCAUCACUGACGGCAGCAGUCUGGGGGCCCUGACCAGCCUCGCUGCGGUCCGACAGAUCCUCACAGCAGAUCCUGAGGAAGAGACGGAUUCCCCUUUGCAGGAAGAUUCUUUACACCUGCAGCCACACACACCUGUACCAGCUUCUUCCGAGAGCCUCGAGUUGUAUCCUUCCUCCCAGACGACAGAACGCCAUCAGUCUCACCUCCUCUCACCUUCACCCACAGACAUCGGCUCCUAUAUGCCUACACAAAUGGUGUCCACAGCCCAGUAACACCUCCCUGGCUAUGUAGUGGUUCUGGCUUGUCAGCUGGACUAAGGAGGUGUGGGGAUGGACAGCCAACACUGGGAGGAGAACCCGGAGACCGCAACCAGUGAUGUCUGAGAGUAAAAACUGACUCGGCACAACUUUUAGUAGUACCUAGAACUGAUAGAGGAAAAAAAAUCACAACUUAAAUAACAGAAAUAUCUCUCAAGAUCAACACCAAAAUGUAUAUUUUUAUUAAAAUAUUUUGUUUUUCUCGGAAAUUGUAACUUCAGAUGAAACAAAUGUUACCUGCAUUGUUUUUAAUUUGCUUUCCUUAAAUGUUUUUUUCCACUUUUGAUGAGAAGUUUUUAAAAAAAUAUGCAUAAUCAUCAACAACGUAUGUAAAGUUAUUUUAUAAACAAACUAGAUGCCUUGUGUUAUCCAAGAAGUAAUUGAGUGUUCCACACCACUUGAUCAGUUCAACACAAAACACAGACAGCCCGAAUGAGUAAACACUAGAUUAAAAAC